AUGAAUUUGUCAACAGAUUUAGAACUGAAUGCUAUGGAACACCAAGGAUCAAGUUCAGGAUCCGGUACAAGGUGGGGCGGAGUACGCCGCGGGGCCGGACGCCCGCGCGGCCGGGAAAGCAGGCGCCAGGACGGGGUCAUUCAUGGCAAAUUUCGAAUAAAAAGUACUUCCAGUCCAAAACCCGUCCGUCUAACACGCGCUUCAGAUGGGUUUAUCUCGCAUAAGGGACAGCUAAUUGAAGUCUGGCUAAAUGGAAACCAAAGAAUUGUGCAAGCUGAUUAUCCCGAAAAUAAAUGUCCUACUAAAACACCCCAUGGAACGCCUAAUCAUUUAGUCCGUCUUGUUAUUUUAACAGGAGGCCAGAGAUUAGUGGAAUGUUUAGAUGAAAAUGGAAAACUUCUGGGAGUCCGACCCUCCAUAACAACUAAUGCAAACAUUAUGGAACCUAAUGCGUCACAAUGGUUUUUCGUUUAUUUUGACAAAAUCUUUAGAGUGACGAUAAAUCCUGAAAGUAAAGAGACAAAAAUUACCCUCGCACAUAAAAAUGUAGAUGAAGUUGCACAGGGUAAAAGAUGUGAAGAGGUUGAUAUGGCUGGCUUCAAAUUUGUUGUGAUCAGAGGAGAGAAAAAUGGAGACAUUACGGGAGCUGAGCCCCUCGUACCCCCACCAUCACUUCCAAUAUCAUGAUAUGUGUGGAUAUUAAUCUAUACAUAUGAUAAACAAAGAAUAUAUGAACAUUGUGACAUUGAAAAAAUAAAUUGGCUGUCCCAGCUAACCCUUUUGCUGGGUCUUGCCUCCAAAAAAUAGAGCUGUGUCACCUUGAUUUGUAGCAGUUUCAGCUAAAUUUGCCAUCUAUAAAUUAUCUAGCUAAU